CCAAUAAGCUGACAGAACACUCACGUGCGUAUGACAAUACGAAAUCCCACUCAUUUCAUUGGUCAAAGUCCGGUCGAUUGUCAUAGAAAGCGGAAGACAACAUCGCCGCAUGGCCGACAAAAAAAAAAAAAAGAAUGGACGGCAGUGCUUCACCCUCUGGCAGCAUUACAGUACCAAGGAAAAAAACGAAACGAUUACAAAAAUACAGGGAAGAAUGGGGAAAAGAUCACACGUGGAUAGAAAAAGUUCUGGAUAAUGUUUAUAAAGCACACUGCACUAUAUGCCAGCGGACUUUUUCUGUAGCCCAUGGUGGACUGACGGAUGUAAGGCAGCAUGCUUCCACUGCUGGGCACAAAAGAAACAUAAGGAACACGACAGCUAACCGAACCACAAACCAAUUUAUUGUCCACCAGGCAACGCCAGAAGCAGAUAUGAAUAAUCAGAGGGGGGAAAAUAUGGAACCAUUCAAUCAUAAAGAAGAGAUUAAAGAAGAAUCUGAAAUGAACUCUACGUUUCAGAUUGGCUUCAUUGGCGCAGGAAACAUGGCUUUCGGCAUUGCCAAGGGCAUCUUGUCUGGGAAUGUUCUUCCUACAAAUAUCAUUGUGAGUGCACCAUCUCUGAGGAACCUAGGACGCUUUCAGGAGCUGAACAUUUCAACAACUCAUUCCAACACAGAUGUUGCCUGCAGUUCAGAUGUUAUCUUUGUAGCGGUCAAACCCCAUUUAGUUCCAACUGUUCUAAGUGAGAUCUCGCAGCACGUCACGGACAGACACACAAUUGUGUCCGUCGCUGCAGGAGUUACUCUAGCAACCUUAGAGGGGCUCCUGCCACAUGGUUCACCUGUUAUCAGGUUGAUGCCAAAUCUACCAUGUGUGGUUCUGGAAGGUGCACUCUUAUUUACACGGGGGACUCAUGCUAAACAAGAGCAUGGUGCCCUUUUGCACUCCUUGUUGCAUUGCUGUGGUUUGGUGGAGGAAGGACCUGAGGCCUGGAUUGACAUCCAUACUGGACUGAGCGGGAGUGGAGUUGCUUUUGUAUACCUGUUUGCAGAAGCGCUGGCAGAAGGAGCAGUUAAAAUGGGCAUGCCCAGUGCUCUCGCCCAAAGGAUUGCAUCACAAACUGUUCUGGGUGCUGGUCAUUUAUUACGUGACUCGAAUAAGCAUCCAGCUCAGCUUCGUUCUGAGGUCUGCACCCCAGGUGGGACAACCAUCUAUGGACUUCACGCUCUGGAACAAGGGGGUGUGAGAGCAUCAACCAUGACUGCUGUGGAAUCUGCAACCGAGAGAGCAAGGGAACUUGGCCAAAAGUCUGCAGCACUAGGAAGCAAGAAAUAGAAAUUGUCAACAGGCUUUUUAAAAAAAAAAACACUAAGGAACUUUCAAUUUUGGUCGAUUUUAGCGGCGCGGGUGGAAACGGUAGUGUUUUGCCUUAAAGUGCGUAUGACACCAAAAAGCAUGUUUAUUCCAUAUUUCACAUGGUGUUUAUCACUCCUGAAUGAAAUGGACCGCUUGGAUGUGUGUGGAAGCGAUCGUUUCAUAUAUUCAAUUUUUGAAUCCCGCGCCAUGAAAAUGAGUUACUUCCGGCUCCAGUCUCGGGUUUAGGACGAAUGCGAAUGUGAUGUCACCCGGGUUAGCAUCUCACAAUACAGCAUUGCUUUAUAACAUGCAGAUGGACUACGGCUUCAGGCGAUUUUGCGGAUUUAUUCAUUUAUUUUUUGCCUCACGUAAGCCAAAAGGCUGCAGGCUUUUGUAGCUGCACCAGGGAGAGGCGUGUGAGCCUUUUUGGGUUUCAGAAAGUUCAGCCAAGACAUGCGAGACAACUGUGGGACGAUUGGACUUACGAGGAAGUGAAGUAAACAUCGUGUUUUGUAUUAUAUCAAAUACUGGGAUCAUGGCACACAUUUUAAUAUGGAGGCAGCUUGCAUUUUGUGGCUGACUUGCUCCUUGUCCACCAAGAAUGCCACUCGGCCAACGACCGGCAGCUUGUGGCAUAUAUGGGGCAGUGUUUUUUCGUCAACGAUGAGUAUAACAAAAAUAUUUUGUCAACGAACACGUUUUCAUGAUGAUGACGACAUUUUAUGCGUCUUUAGCCUGCAUCGUAGCAGUGUCUGGUUAAGUCACUUGUGACGUGCUGCGCCCCCUCCUCCUUUCCCGACUUACCAGUGUGUAGUCUCCAUGCAGGCUCGCAAACGGUAAGAUUUGUUUUUCUUGGCCAGAGACAAUAUGUAAUGUUGCUUUAGCCUUUAAGGUCUGUGCUGAGUGAUCAUCACACACUAAAUGUAAUUCGUAGCAUUAGCAUAGCGUUCGCAUUAGGCUAAUGCUAAAAGCAAGCGUCCUCUUAAACCAGGGGUGGGCAAACUAUUCCACAAAGGGCCGCAGUGGGUGUGGGUUUUUGUUCAUACCCAUCAUGAGGACAGCCUUUCACCAAUCUGGUUUCUUACAAGUGCAAUCAGUUGAUUGCAGUCAGGUGCUUCUUGUUUCCACUGAAACCUCAUUGGUUAAACUGUCUGUGCUGAAUCAGUUGGAACAAAGACCAGGACCCACUGCGGCCCUCGAGGACCGGUUUGCCCAACCCUGUCUUAAACUCGUAUAACUAUUUUUUUUUCUAUUUAUGCUUCCACUUCGUGGCGUCCAGGUGGGUAUAAUUAAUUGAAAAUAAUGUACUGUUUUCCUGCUGAGUGUGUAUUAUCACCAAGUUGGCGUUGUCUUUGUAGACAGAUUCUACAAUACAGUCGUGUGAAAAAAUUAGGACACCCCAUGAAGUAUUCAGUUCAACAAAAGUGCAUAUUGUAACCGAGGAAAAAGUUAGGACUCCCUACCACUUGUCUUUGACAUCGGUCUGAAGAAAGUAUGCCCCACUCCUCAAUGCAGAAUACUUUCCAGCUGUGAGAUGUGUGAGGGGUUUCUUGCAUGUGCAGCCCGUUUCAAGUCACCCCACAGAAUCUCAAUGGGAUUAAGAUCUGGGCUUUGACUCGGCCAUUCCAGCACUCUCCUCCUUUUCAGCCAGUCCUUGGUGGGGUCCAGUUUCGCUUCAGCUUUAAUAUUUUCACUGAUAAUCUUACAUGUUCUUCAAGGACCCUCUGAUACACAAUAGAAUUCAUUGUGGAUUCUAUGGUGGUGAGCUGGCCAGGUCCUGCUAUAGCAAAGCAUCCCCAAACCAUGACACUUCCACCUCCAUGCUUCACAGUGGGUAUGAGGUUCUUUUCCUGGAAUGCUGUAUUGGGUUUACGCCAAACAUGUCCCCUGUUCUGGUGUCCAAAAAAUUCAAUUUUAGAUUCAUCUGUCUAAAGAACAUUAUUCCAGAAGUCCUGGUUUUUGUCUACAUUCACUCUGGCAAACUUUAGUCUGGUCUUUUCUUGGACAGCAAAGGUUUCCUCUUUGCACACCUCCCACGAAGGUUAAACUUGAGAAGUCUCUUUCUGAUUGUAGAGGCAUGCACUUUCACAUCAACAGUAGCAAGAGCCAGCUGUAGGUCCCGGGGCCGUGAUGACAUUUUAGGGUUUUUGGAGACCUCUUUAGCAUCAUGCAGUCGGCUCUUGGUGUGAACUUGCUUGGACGGCCAGACCUGGGCAUGUGGGCAGUUGUUUUGAACGUCCUCAACUUGGAGACUAUUUUCCGGACAGUGGAAUGGCUGAUUUUAUAUUCUUUUGAAAUCCCUUACCAGUCUCAUUAAGCAUCUACAAUCUUUUUUCUGAAGGCCUCAGACAGCGCCUUUAAUGUCACCUUGGUGUUUUAGUCACUUCAACAGUCAGUCACUGUUCAAAGUAUUCUGCGUUGAGGAGUGGGGCAACCUUUCUUCAGACCAAUGUCAAAGACUGGUAGAUGGCUACAAAAAGCGUCUCACUGAAGUUAUUUCAGCCAAAGGAGAUAAUAGCUAUGAGGUGGUAGGGUGUCCUAACGUUUUCCUCAGAAUAUGCAUUUUCGUUGAUAUAUUUGCUUUAAUGAGUAAAUCAAUGUUAAUUUUUGUUGUUUACCUGCAAUUAAAUAAUUUUCUUUUCCAGAGAUAAAGAAGAAUAAGAUCAGACAUUGAUAUGUGAACAUUUCUAAAUAAAGAACUGAAUAUUUAAUGGGGUGUCCUAAUUUUUUUCACAUGACUAUGUGCUCGUCUAUCAAUGUUCAUUUGAAAUAGUUGGAAACCUUUAUUUUUGGAGUAUCUUUUUUUUGCGACUCAGAUGAAAAUAGUCUAUAUAGUUUUCGUCAAUAAAAACUAGACGACGACACAUUUUCAGAUGACUAAAAUAAGUCCAAAAUUAAUGAGUAUUUUCGUCCAUAAGCCCAAGACAAAAAUUAAAAGGGCUACCAAAAAUAACACUGGAAUGGGGAAAAGGGGAAGUUACGUAUGCCGUAAAGCAUUCAUCAAAUUUGUAGUUUUUUUUUUUUUUCUUUUGUGGGGCAGGGUUCCUUCCACCUUCCUCAAAGUUUUUUAGUGUUAGCGAAAGCGAUACAGACCCCCUCAGGUCAGGUCAUAACGGUGGUGUCAUUCAACUAGUUGUCAUUUGACAUAUUAUCCCAAAUGUUAUGACAUUUGUUUGGACUGCUUGUAAUAUAUUUUAUUCAAAUAUUCUCUGUCUGGUCAGGACUUCGACAUUGAGAAGGUAGCAAAAAAUGAAAUCUUAACUUCAAAACCAUUUCCAUCCUGUUGCUUGGGCAGUUUUCUCAUUGCAUAAAGAUCUAUCCAUUUUCUCCCGCUUAUCAUAAAGUGCCUCUGAUAAUAUAGAGACAGUUAAAAAUUCAAAAGAUGUAGUUUUUUUUUUGUGUUUUUUAAUCAAUUAACCUCAGAAUAUCACCAAGCAAUUCAAAUGACUGGGGGUCCGCCCUCAUUGAAACGAUGUUUGGAACUAUUCGAGGUUCCAUUACCUGGAAGUAAAAUUGUAUAUUGGAUCCCUAUGGGUGUGUCGCAACUCUGUUUCUACAUGGCUCUGGGUACUGCAUGAUGAAUUUUGUUUUCACUCUUGAAAAAGGGGCUGUAUAAUUGACACCAACUCUGUUAUUUACUGAAAAUAAUUGCUGUGUAUGAAGGUGAAGUGAAUGUAAUGCUAGUUUCUUUAAAUGCAAGGCCCCUGCAGUCAUUUUUAAUAAAUGGACAGAAAGCUGGAUUUGAAAACAUAAGAUUUUCUUUAAUUGAAUAAGAUUGAGUUCUUGUUCUUUGCACUUCCUCUUGUUAGAUCUGUGACCAAGUUGUAUAGUUUCUCUGACAAUGCCACCUGGUAGAAAGAUACAAAAACGGAUUUAAACAAAGUUCUGGCAUUACCGGCAUCACUUUCAUGAGUUUUAUUGGCUCACUGUGUAUGACUCAGGCUGUUCCAGUUGCUUAUGUCGAGGGUGAAGGCUCUGAAGGGAGUCAUUGACGUUAGCUUUAGUUUCUGAAGCACAGCUCAAAGGGUGUGUGACCUAAAAUUUAAGAGACACAUUCACAACACUUAACUUUGACUCAACAGCCGUUUGUUUCCAGAUCUCAAAUAUGCCUUUAAUCUGACCUACAUAAGCGUCGUUAAAUCUAUAGACCCUACUCACCUACGUCACAAAAUGACGUGUCGCUGUAUCCGGCCGCCAUAUUGUACCUAUUUUUUAGACCUAUUCUCAUUGUUUUCAAUUAGUCGGGCAAGUUAUACAGCAAUUCAUGGAAGCCCCGGUGUUAUCUGACGCCGUAAACUCAUUGGAUGCGUUGCAUAAAAGGCGUUACGUGGAAAAGCUUCAGUUUAUCCAUUCGCCAGAUCCGUAUUUGAUGCCUAAAUCGAUAUUUUUCAACCCGCUGUCU